UCUCCAGCCUGUAAAGCAAAAGCCGGGGUGUGUCGCCCCGGGUGCAGCCCAGCCCCUGGGCAAGAGCUGCUGGAGGUCCUCUUUGGGGCACAACAGAGCCCCGCGUGUCCUUGGAGAUAUGGGCAGCCGCAGCAGGCCUGGGCUGGUGGGCUCGCUGCGGUGAUUCCAAUUACAGCCAUCCAGGUUUUCUUUUUAACUCCCAGCUACUCCCUAGGGAGCCCUCUGAUGGAUUUCCUUGGGAUCCGGAAUCCUAGGGAUCUGAUUGGCUGGCCAGUCUAAGGAAGCCAGGUCAGCCAGAGAAGAUGAUCCUGCGCAAGCAGCUGGAAGCCCUCAGCGUCCUGCAGUGGGUGCUGACCUUCCUGUUCUUCGGCCUCUUCUUCACCCUGCUUCUCAUCUACCUGCUCUUCACCUCCUUCUGGUCCCUGAGCGUGCUCUACUUCGUCUGGUGGAUUAUGGACUUGGACACCCCCAUGCAAGGAGGCCGUCGUAACGAGCGGUUCAGGCGGUGGAAGGUCUGGGAGCUGCACAGGAACUAUUUCCCCAUCAAGCUGGUGAAGACUGCCGAACUGCCACCCACCAGAAAUUACGUCCUGGGGUCCCACCCCCAUGGCAUCAUCUGUGCGGGAGCCUUUUCUGCCUUUUGCACGGAGGCAUGUGGCUUCUCCCGGGCCUUUCCCGGCCUGUCCUCCAGCCUGGCCGUCCUCGCUGGUCUCUUCUACGUGCCCGUGUAUCGCGAGUAUCUGAUGAGCUCAGGGAUGGUGCCAGUCAGCAAGAGGUCCCUGGACUUCCUGCUCCGAGCGGGACCUGGACACGCGGUGGUCAUCGUGGUGGGCGGGGCCACAGAGUCCCUGGACUGCAACCCGGGCGAGCAGCGCCUGCAUCUCUCGGGCAGGCGAGGCUUCGUGCGGCUUGCACUGCAGCACGGGGCAGACCUCGUCCCCGUUUUCUCCUUCGGAGAGAAUGACAUUUUCCGGCAGAUUCAGUUCCCCGAGGGCAGCCUCCUCCGCCGUCUCCAGCUUCACUUCAAGCAGCUGGCUGGCUUUGCUCCCUGCCUUUUCGUGGGGCGCAGCCUCUUUUUCAGCCGCUGCUGGGGGCUCCUGCCCCAGCCCUCCCCCAUCACGGUUGUGGUGGGGAAGCCGAUCCUCGUCCCUUUGUGUCCACACCCCAAACCGGAGGAGGUGGACCGCUACCAUGCCCUCUAUGUCCAGGCACUGCAGCAACUCUUCGAGGAGCACAAGGGCAACUGUGGCCUCCCCUCCUCACAGCAGCUCUUCAUCACCUAGGGACCCCCUCCCCGGCCAGGGAACCGGGCGCCUGUCUCUGCUGCAGGCUCAGGCAGGGGUCCCCUCUUCUGCUCCCCAGUCCCAAUAAAGAGUGUUACAUUUUGUGGCA